CGAAUGGUAAGAAAGUAUGUCUUUCUUUGGUAAAAAAAAAGAUAUUAUAUUGAAAAAAAAUUUAGAGUCCGCUAUGUGGUCUGAAUGAUUUCGUGUGAAAGCUACACAACGCACGGUGUUAAAUUUUGACGAUCAAUAGACACAAGUACAGAAGAAUAUAAUUCCUUAGUAACAAAAACUGGACGGUAAUAUUGGUGAUUAUAUAUUACGAAGAACAACUGAAUCGUUUGAAGGAUAUUAUGAAUGGAUUUACGUUAAAGUAGGAUUAAAAGUUCCUGUAAAUACUGAAGAAAUACAAGAAGAUCCAGAUGAUUCUUUACUAGAAUCAUUCAAUUUAGAAGCUUUCCACUUAAAUAAGGUUAUAAUUAAAUUUCUAGUUCUAUUGGAUUUACAACCUAGUUACAACAAACCACCGGAGGAGUUGAUUAAAAAGGUAUUAAUGUAUUAUAAUUACAUUGAUAUGAUGUAUGGUAAUUUUUCGUCACCAGGAAUAAGAUUUGCUAUCAGCGGAAUUCACGUUCCCGAGAGUAAACAUCCAAGCCCGUGUUUGGGAUAUACAAAUCCAAAUUCAACUGAACUAUCGAGUUCAUCAAUAGACAGUGUAGACGAAUUCACGAAAAAGGAAAAAAAAUUCUUUAAUUUAACCUCUCAUACUGUUGUAGUCGUAAUGACACAACGAAAUGUUUAUUCAAAUACGGGAAAAAAUGUCCCUCCAUUUUUGAGAACAGCAAUUGUAAACUAUCAUAAAGCUUGCUCGAAUUACGAAAAGCCAUCAAUUUUUUUUUCAAGUGAUGUUGAUUUCCAAACUGGUCACAGUAAUUUUCUUUCAGAGUUCUAUUCAAUUUUUAUGAAAAAUAAUUUUCGUUACAAUUUAAAUGACACUUGUUCGAAAUAUAUGGAUAAUUAUAGACUAAGAAAUUUACAUUUUCCACGACCAUGGCCAUCGUGUGUUAUUUACAAGUACUCAUAUUUUUUUAGAACUUAUGAUUGCUCCCAUAUCAAGACAACUUAGAGAUCAUAAAACCAAUUUUUAUUUUUUGAUCUGAUAAUUUUGUGAUUAUCAUAAUAAUAUAUAUAAAAAUUGUAUUGAAGAUAAUUU